UGGCACUUCACAGAUUUUGUGUCUGCCUAGCGAGGCUUAUGGGGUCUCAGAAGCAGUCAAUCAGAUCAGCAUCAACGGCCGAAACAAUAUCAAUGAUACGGAGGCCCGCCUAUCAGCAUAUAGUUCCGGGCCUCCAUACAGAGCCCAACUAAGAAGAGGUGCUCAGUUUAUGGUGCCUGGUAAGUAUUUGUCUACCGCCUGUAAAGUCCAAAAAAAAUUGGUUUGAUCUGUCUGAGAGGCAAGGCAUGUCUGCCGACGCAGUCGGCGCUUCCUAGUCGGAUGCCUGAGUAUGUCACUCAAUCAAUGAUAGACAUGAUGUCAUCAUUGGGUCUUCCAACAUCCCACCCCAACAUCAACGGAUUUCGCUAAAUCUUCCACAAUUUGCUGUGAGUGACACCGUCCAGAAAGAGUGUGUAUAAGGUCACAGACAUGCACCCAUGGCUCUGGCUGACGAUCUAGGAUAUGUCUGCUGACAUUUCAGCAGCUGCUGACCUCAGUCGGUUAAAAUUUCAUUCAAAGGAAGUAUGAUGCAUGGGGACAUAACGGGCAGCUGAAUCGCCGAACCAGAGGUGCGAACCAAUUCGAACCACCCCGGCAACCCUGCCUGCUGCGUCUUAAUUUCUGUUUGAGACAGAACGCUCAUGAGAAGCCUGAGGGGUCUGGAGUACACGAGCGGAGCUUCUCAUCGCCGAUGAGACGUAAAAAGCACCCCAAAUCCUUUGAAGAAGUGCCAUCUAUGAGUACAAAUACUCGGCGAUGCUUCAUCCCGACAUUCUCAUCUGGUCGCUCUCAUCUGACUCCAUGCUCGCGACGGUUAUUCCGCUCUCGCUCUUGAGCGCGACUGCCUUGGCCUCCUCAUCCAUCCCACCGGCUCCGUUCUUCGCUCCCCUUGUCGCACAGUCUCCUCGAAUUGGUGGUGCUGUAUAUGACACCAAGUAUCUCAUGAACAUCGGUGUGGGUGGACAGGGUUUCAUCGCCAUCCUUGAUCUCGGAAGCUCUGAUGUGUGGGUCCCGUCGAAAGGCUUCCAAUGCCUGAAUCACACAUCGGGGGCCGCCAUCCCACGAACGGCCUGCGCUUUCGGCAGCACCGGUUUCAACGCCAGUGCAUCCAGUACGUUCAAAGCGGGGCCUCCCCACACCGAGUUUGCGACUUCCUUCCCAAACAGCGAUUACGUCUCCGGCUCUGCGGCUUUCGAUACCGUGAUCUUUGGGGGACUGUCCAUUCCCCAGCAAGAGUUUGGCCUGGUUUCGUCUGCCGCCUGGACAGGUGAUGGUGUCAGCGCUGGGAUCCUUGGCUUUGGAUUCCCAGGGGGAACGAGUGUCUUCAACACUACGACGUCUACUUGGACGCGUCUGACCUACAAUCCUCCCCUGUUUUCCGCGAUCGCCCAAAAAAAGCUGCCGCAUCCUUCCUUCUCGAUUGCACUGAACCGUCCGAGUUCCAACUCGAGUGGCUAUAUCGCGUUCGGAGGGAUUCCCCCGGUUCCAGUCACGAACACUUCGGUCCAGGUUCCCUUGUACGGCUACUCCGAGGCAUCUGGACCCACCCCGAUCCACGGCGCCAAGGCCACAUACACCGGGUAUAUGAUUAUCGUCCAACGAUUCGAUUUCACACACACCCCGGUAACAGACAACGAAUCUUUCACUUACGUCAUCCAGAACGGGGCUGCGGCGAGCACCUUCCCGAGUAACGUUGCUAGCGCGUAUAAUGCGCUGUAUGGAAACAAUGCCUCGCGCGGCGAUGAUGGGCUAUAUUUAGUGCAGUGCACCGCCCAGCCCCCUGCGUUCGCCCUCGUCUUGGGCGGAACAAGCUUUGCGUUGGACCCCAAAGACUUGAUCGUGAAAAUCGGAACCGACGGCUUUGGGAGGGACGUCUGCAUAUCUGCGAUUCAGGACGGCGGGUCGGGCGAGAUUCGGGGCAGUACAUUCACUUUGGGCGAUGCUCUCCUGCGGAGCGUGCUGGCCACUUUCGAUGUGGCAAAUUAUGAACUCACUUUGACCCAAAGACAGCCUUAUUGAACCAACCAUUUAUACUUGACCCACGUCGUCAGGAAUUCUGAUGUCGGGAACCAUGAGCUUAUUCGAACCGAAAAGAGUCGUAUUGAAUAGUCAAUGUGUACAAUCCAAGAGACAACAGUGACCGCAUUUAGCAGAUACUUGCGCGGGCGUUGCCGAGGACUGAGAUGCCUACCAGAGCAAAGGCCGCCUCGGCGUCGGGAAAACAACGGCGCCGAAUAGCCGUCCCAUUGUUCGGCGGUAGCACGAGGUAGGACCCCUGGGACUCACGAGCGCUUUCCGAGUGGGCGGACUGACAGGCGGGGUUGGGUCGCCUGGAAAGUCGACCGAGUUCCGGCAGUCAUCAGGAAGCAGAGGCUGGGGCGCUGAUACCGACGUCGCGGUAUCCAUGAUGUAGAUGAUGCCAGUGCGCGAUACGGGGGUUCUUGGCCUACGCUGCAGUGCUGGAACAGUUUCAGAAGCCGGGCGGACAGUGAGAGAUGACAGAUGUGGCUCGACGGGGCAUGAUGAACAACCGCAAAUGCAUACGGUGCAGCACAAGGCGGUGUGCAAAGUUAGAUCCAUUUGUGGAUCAACCCGAACGCGAGAAGUUGCGUCAGCCCGUGAUGCGAGGAAGGGCGGGGGUUGGCUGGCUCUGGACCCGUGGGUGAGAAGCACUGCGCAUGGCAUGCGCACUUCGCCGCGGUGUCAGGAGGCCAGCAGGGAAACGCAAGGCGAGAUGUACUGGCCCCCGCUGGCUCCACGGCGCUUGCUGCAGGCGUGGAACCAACCUAUUGGCCGGAUCCCGGGCGGGUAGACUAACCCAGUAUAAGCCCCGCGUACUGCGAUUGAUGGCCACCCCCGUUUCCCUCUCCAAACGGCUCCGUUCGACACUCAACGCGCUCCGCUAAACGUGGUACUCGACCCUUCAACCUAGGGGCAUCAAUCAUCCCGUGCCGUGUCGGUAGCCGAACCCGAAAACCCGCCACAGGACCGACGCACCGCUUCUUUCGGCUUCCAUCCCUCUUCUCCACUGUCAUCAUCUCUUUUGUCUUCUACCACCACCUGCACCGUGGGCGCUCCAUCUUCUCCCCCCUUGCUCCUCUCCCCCGCCUCACGCCAACCGCACCCACAACGCGUUUCUGACAGCGCGCGUUUCGCGUCUUUUCUUUAGCCUUCGGGAUCGGUACAUAAUCUCCCCAGGCAUCACACCCAUCGUCCGCCCGCCACGCGCCGCAUGGCUGACGUCGCCGUUCUUCUCAAUCAACCGCACCCACACAGCGCCAGUGCUGCUGCCCCCUUGUCCCGGCCCACAAAAGAGGCUCUCCACUCUUUCUCCUCCGCCCAGGCAACCAACCCAUAUCCCCACAACCCUGACGUCGCCAUGCCCGACGCAUCUGAUAAAGACCUGAUCAAUCACGCGACUCGAGCCCAGCUGACGCUUCCUACUUUGCCCCCCGUGCCGUCCUUGCCCGCCACGUCUCCGUCACCUAUCCACGCGUCACCCACCACGAGUGUCGCCGAUCCGACGAGUACCGAUAACCGGCCCGCCACGCUUGCGGCGCUUCUCGCCGAGGCGUUUAGCGACAUCGAAGGUCUGCAGAAGGAGCUCGCCACUGCCAAGAGUACGCUCGCCAGCUCCCAGUCCGCCCUUGCCCUGUCCAAUGAAUCGCUGGAAGCGUUGCGCAAGGGAGAGCUCGGCACAUUGGCUUCGAUUGCCGAGUAUAGGAAGACUGCCGACAGCGCGGCGGAGGGCCGCAAACAUGCUGAGGCUCGCUUGGAGCAGGUUGAACGGGUGCUGAAAGGACUGGGUGUUGUUUCCCGGGCGAUGAGGGAUGGAUCGGGAGGAAGAGAGCUUGUCGUCGAGGGCCAGGAAGAACGAGACGUCAAUGCCAUGGAUCUCGAUGCAGACGAGACCCCAUUAGAUCUGGAGAAAAUAUCUUCGAUCGUGGGUAACACCCCUUUGCCGCGUGCUGUUUCUGCGUUCUUCCUGCGUAUCGACGCGCGGCGUGCAGCGGCCGAGACGUCACUCCACACGGCUUCCGCGGACCUUUCAUCCGUGCAAUCGGUCCUUCAAGAGACGGAGAUGGCGCUCGGCAAGGCCCACAAAGAGUUCCAGAACUCGCAAGUGGUGUUGGCUCAGACGCAGUCCCAGCUCAAAGACACACAAGUCCAGCUCCAGGCGGCUGAAAUUGCCCGGGAUGAGAAUCUGGGACGGCUUGCCACGAUCCAAGGCGGAUGGGAGCGCCUGAAUGGCUAUCUUCAGGAGGUCAGCUCACGUGUUACCGACUCGUGCGCAGGUUUUACGAAGAUCGUUGGUGAAGUCGGCGGGCGUGUUGUCGUUGUAUCUUCGUCUGCAUUCGAAGCAUCAUCAGCCCACCCGCCAUAUCUGCCGUCAUCAUCGCCGUAUGAUUUUGAUCGCAGAAUGAUGCCGCCAACCGCGCAGGCCGGUUCCAGAAGGCCUAGAGAAGACAAUCUCGACUUUGGCGCUUAUCCUCCGCCCAAGAGAGCGAGAGCAGAAGAUGGAGAGUACCAUCACCACAGUACGCCAGUCUACAACCCUUCUUCACGAUUCCACCCCAGCUCCGUCGCUCCAUCGAGCCACCAUAACGUACGCCGCGGUUCUGUUGAGCGACAGCCCACGCUUGUCCAUCGGUCGCCAACGCAUCGGGAUUCGCGUGAGCUGAACAUGGACAGGGCAUCUCUGCCGUCUGCACCCGCCCCACAUUCUGGCAAACAGGGUCGUUCGAGCUCCUCCGCUUCGGAUGACGUUGACCAGAUGCUAUACGAUACGGCUGCUGCUGCGUCUGCGCCGAAGGAGCGGUCCAGCAUGGAAGCAUUACGAGGUGCUGUUGAUGUUGUCGAACGAGGACCGGAGCGAGGAGGCACUUUGACGCAUAUCCCGACGAAAGGCAAGAGCCUUCAUUCAACGAGCUCGGCUGCUGCAGCUUCUGCAGCUCCGACGGUUGCGCAAACGUCCUCCCGACCCCAUCUCUAUCCGGCGGUCAACGCUGAGAACCAGCGGAUUUGUCGCCAGUGCGGACUGCCUGGGCGAUACAAGGAUGGGAAGUGCGUCGAGAAGUGGGGACCCGGUCCUCUCGGGCCUGGAACGGUCUGUGACCGAUGCCGGAAGAAGAUGAAACGUGUCGAGCGGCGGGGAACGCUAGAGGCGGCGCAAGCCCAAGCGGCUGCCGCUGCGGCCGUCCCCAUCGCCUCCAGUGGACCGACCCACGGAAUGUCGGAGAACGAUCCAGAUUACACGCCGUCGAAGGUUGCGAAGCCACAUGUCCACGUCUCGCCUACGUACCACGAGCAGCCGCGCAAGUCCUCCGCGAUCCGCAGCUCGUUGAAUAACAACAGCAACCACUACAGCAGCAGCAGCGCGGCGUCCCCGUCGAAUGGGCGUGGUGCCAAGCACCGGUUCACGCCGCCGACGGGGUUAGCAGCGCCCCCGCCCAGCCUCCUGCCCCCGCUCCGGACGCAUUCUCCGAUGGACGAGGACGAUCCAGACGGUGACGGGGAAGUCGAUGCCGAGGCUGAGAUCGACGAGCUCGAGCUGGACGGGGACGCCGAGCCGGAGGCGGAUGCGGAGCUCGAUCUGCUCGAGGCUGUCGAUGCGGCCGAGAAGGCCCGAGUCAAGGUUGAGUGAUCGUGCGAUGUUGUCUGUCCGCUUUCCCCUUCUGUGUUUCUCCUGUGUUUCUGUCUGUCUCUUUCCCUCUGCCUCUCUCUCUACAACAGCUAUCCAUCUUGUUUUCAUGCCACCCCUGCAAAAUGUACAACCAAACAUACUUUCAUCAGUAGAUAAUUGGGGCCCUGUGUAUCCUAUGUAAGUAGCGCUGUUCCAGACGGACUUCUUGGUUGGACCGGAAGGUUGACACGUGGCGAAAUUGUAUCGAAGUUGCCGAAUCGCGGAUUGGGUACUGUGCACAGCAGAGUGACCCGAAUACAUACAUGCAUUCUAGUGAGAAUACCGAUACACACUGCAGUAUAUAACAUAUAACAAAUGUCCAUCCUUCAUCCGUAAGUGCCCGUAAAUUCCAAGCGUAGCGUUUAUAUCGUCAACACAGCAACCAGAAAAGAAACAACGCAUCCCGUCAGCCAGCUGACGCCCGGCCCCAUCAUUCCCGCACGAUUCGUCUUGCCCUGCCCCAGGGCAGCGACGGCCGUGGGUGUCGCCGCCGCGGUCGUGUACGCGCGAACGGACCGGAUCUCGAAGUACGCGUCGUCGUAGUUGGCACCGUUCCCGACGACGUUGUCGGUGUAGCAUGUUCCCGACGGACCCGUGUGCGCGCAGGUCUCGGCGUACGUCGCUGGGAGGCCG